GCUGUCAGUCAGAAUGCCCAUCACUGAAGCCAGUAAGGAGAUUUCAGAGCUCAUUUGGCACACCAGAUGCUGAACCUGUAGGACAUACUGGGGCAGUAGAGAAGCCUAGCUAAUUACGCUAUUUAGAUAUCUGUGGCACUUUAAUAGACAGUAAUGAUGAGGAUGUAUAUCAUGAGGGGGGAAAUCUGGCAUGCAAAGCGUAGCUGAGGCACGUAAAGAUUGUUAGAAACCUGGGAGAGGAAAAAAAACAUGCACAUGCUCGCCUCAUGAGUGCUACGUGCCCUGACGCGCGUGCCAAGUGCCACUAGAAUAUUCAUGUAAGUGAUAGGCGUUCCCUGCAGCCAUGCCGGAACUUUGCAGCGCGUCUUGCUAUGCAAACACUCAGCCGCCUGCCAGCAGCAGGACUGCGCUCACACUCUAGAAAGCACCGGAUUAAAAACCGUUCAAACCAACGGAUACUCAACCGGAGGGGACUGAAAAACAACAGAGAAGUGCUGAAGCGACUGACUCAACACAACUUCUUUUUCUUUUCAUUGCUACGCGCAAAAGCCAAGCUGAAAGAUACAGUAAGUUAGAAAUGCAACAAAAUUAGUGUAGAUCAGUGUAAAGUCUCGGAGGAUAAUCGGGGUUGUGCUUAUUCUGAUGAAGGCAGAUUCUCCUUUAUACUAACACACUAUUAAAACAAGCCCUCGAGUUCGUGAGUUCUCCAGGCUGAGUACUAUUGCGCGCUCGCUCGCUCUCUCUCUCUCUCUCUCUCUCUCUCUCUCUCUCUCCCCCCAUCUCUCUGUACGCUGUGAUGGCUGAGGAGGACGGCGGCAUGGCGAGUCCCGCGGAGUGCACCGCUCCGACCAGCAGCAGCUUCAGCGUACUCAGCUGGGAGCAGGUGCAGAGGCUGGACAACAUACUGACCGAGACCAUCCCGAUCCACGGCCGGGGAAACUUCCCCACGCUGGAGAUGCAGCCGCGGCAGAUCGUGAAGGCGGUGCGGAGUCGCCUGGAGCAGAGCGAGAUCCGAGUGCGCGACGUGCGCCUCAACGGCUCAGCGGCCAGCCACGUGCUGCACGAAGACAGCGGACUCGGCUACAAGGACCUGGACCUGAUCUUCUGCGCCGAGCUUAAGGGCGAAGGCGAGUUCCAAACGGUCAAGGACAUAGUGCUGGACUGUCUUCUGGACUUCCUACCCGAAGGAGUCAACAAGGAAAAAAUUACACCCUUGACCUUAAAGGAAGCUUAUGUUCAGAAGAUGGUGAAAGUAUGCAAUGACUCAGACCGCUGGAGCCUCAUCUCACUCUCCAACAACAGAGGCAAGAAUGUGGAGCUCAAGUUUGUCGACUCAUUGCGACGGCAGUUUGAGUUCAGUGUGGACUCAUUUCAAAUCAAGCUAGACUCUUUGCUUCUGUUUUAUGAAUGUUCUGAGAACCCAAUGACCAAAACAUUCCACCCAAGCAUCAUUGGCGAGAGCGUGUAUGGAGACUUCAGCAUGGCCCUGGAGCACCUGCGCAACAAGCUGAUCUGCACGAGGAACCCAGAGGAGAUCCGUGGUGGCGGCCUGCUCAAGUACUGCCAUCUACUGGUGAGGGGCUUCCGAGCAGACUCUGAGAGUGAGAUGAAGUCUCUGCAACGCUAUAUGUGCUCACGCUUCUUCAUUGAUUUCCCUGAUAUUAAUGAGCAGCAGCGCAAACUGGAAUCCUACCUCCAGAACCAUUUUGUGGGCUUGGAGGAUCGCAAAUAUGACUAUCUGAUGACGCUGCAUGGGGUGGUAAAUGAAAGCACAGUGUGCCUGAUGGGACACGAGAGGCGGCAGACAUUAGGGCUCAUUGCCAUGCUGGCUGUUCGUGUGCUGGCUGAGCAGAACGUCAUACCCAAUGUGGCAAAUGUCACCUGCUACUACCAGCCUGCCCCUUAUGUAGCCGAUGCCAACUUCAGUAAUUACUAUAUUGCCCAGGUUCAGCCAGUGUUUGCGUGCCAGCAGCAUACAUAUGCGACCUGGUUACCCUGUAACUGAGCACGUGGGGAAUUCAAGAAUAAGAGAAAGAAAAAAGGUUGUAUUUUCAUGCAUAAGCAGAAUCAGAUUUGCAAAUUUGUCCAGAGCAUUUUAGCGAAGCCCGAGCAAAAUGCUUUCCCGUGCUGAAUUAAAAACCCCAUGAUUUCCAAAGUGCAUAAUAAAGCAAAAUUUGCAUUGCAAGGGGUAAACAAGUCAGCCGACAGUACUCCUGUCUGAUUGUAAUUUCGACAAGCUUUGCUAACAGAUGUCAGGAUGGUUCAGUGUGGCCCUACAAUGCCCAUCUCUGGAAGGAUCUUUAGAGCUUCUUCUGAAGCAAUCUAACAGUCCUAGAGAAUGCAACCUAUGGCCUGGCAUCAAACUGGCUGACAUGGACCAGAGACCGGCUUCAUUAGUGCUGUUUUGUGGAAAGCUCCCAUGCUGACCAUGUGGAUGCAGCAGCCUUUCUUCAUGUGGUCUGUGUGCAAAGGUACAGAGGACAAAAAAAAAAGAGCUGGAGCGUUCUUUAAGCGCUUACUUUUUAUCUUACACAAAAAGGUGAGGGGACAACUUAUUUAAAAUGGCAAAAAAUAAGUCUUAGAAAAAGGUCCUAUUCUUGAUGUGUUUACAAAACCAAAGAUUUUAUGAUUGUCUCUUUUUAUUGCCCAAAUUUGAAGAUAGGUCUGUCUAUAUUUGUAUAUAUGAAACAUUCAUUCUAAGUGCCUAAUACAGAAUGUUAUGGGAAUUACGCUGAGCAUUCUGCUCUGGGGAAUAAACUAAUCAAGUUCAUGAUCGUCAUAAACAACAACAGGACUCAAAGGUUGUGAAUGUAUGGCUGAUUAGUGUGUCAUCUUGGUAGAAGGUCAAUAUGACAUCAGCAUUUCAGAUGAGAAAAGGCUAUUUUUUCAAUUCAUAGAAGCGAGAUUAAGACAGAACAGCUCAAUAUUUGUGGUGCUCUAUUUUUGAAACACUGCGUCAAAACUGAAGAAAAUUAAUUAGCCACAUUAUCUAUCUCUUAAUUUAUUGUUGCUUGUAAUGAGCAGGGAUCAAACUCAAAUGACUCCCUUAACACACUUGUUACUGUAUGUAUCAAUUAACAAUGGUAGAUUUUUCAGAUUUUUCAUUGCUCCUGCUUUUGUAUGUUUGGUGAAAUGCAAUCCUGCAGCAUGACCUGAGGUUGUACAUUUUGGUUCUCAUCGACUAUCGCUUUUGGCUUAUAACAAACAAAUGUACAAAAACCCUGUGUCAAGUGAGAGAGGAAAGUCAAAGGCAUGGUGCACUAGAAAACAAAGAGCCAUGUUAUUUAACAGAUCGAGGGGAGUGUGUUUCCCUGCUGCCAUGAGGGAACAUAUUUGUUGAGGCACUUCUGAAGGUGGGACAGUAUUUGAUGUAACACUCUAGCAGGGAAUUCCUCAGUCACCGCUGAAGCGCUGAGACUAAAACUGACUGUUCAUGCUUCCUCGCUUGGGUUCACCUUUCUGUGUGCUCAGUGUUAGCUCAGCAUUCAGCUCCUGCGAGCAGAGCAUAACCUGUUCUUGAUUAAUAGCGACAAGAGGAAGCAUGUCCGGACGGCUGAGAUAUGUAAACUUGAGAUGGAGAAGGCAGGGAAUGAGAGAAUGUGUGAAAGAGUGCAUGGGAGAGCUGAGGAGGAGCAGGAGAGGGAGUGAGAGCUGGGGAGAUGGGUGCAGCUGGUGAAGGGGUUUAUCUCAGUUUGCAUAUAAUCUGAACUGCCUGUUAUGGCUCUAAAUGAUGUCGCUCUGAGCCACAGAAAUUUAAAGAGACAUAAACAGGAACAAUGCUGACCCAAUAUACUUAAAUAUAGUAUAUUUAAGUGUAGCACUAAAAAUACUUUAUUCAUCACCAGCAUUUAAAAACUGAGUGAUAACCAAUGAUGUGUAUGCAUUAAAUACAGCUUUAAAAAAUGGAAACAUUUGUUGGACAUUUAGUUGUGGUAAAUAAGGCAGCAUAUGAUUUGAGAUUUGUCCUUGUUGUCUCCAUUUUACCAGGUUUGGAUUUGUCAGGUUGUUUAUAGCAGCACAGUACAGUGAUGCUGAGAGGAGCCUGUGCAUAGACUAUGAUGUGUGUCUACUGCUAAAUCAAGCAGAAUCUUACACAAUCUAUUUUUUUUUCUAUCCUGCUAUUUUAUAUGCUCAUGUUCUCAUUUGUCAUUUUUUGUGAUUAACAUGCAACCUUGUCGUUUGUUGAGUAACAUUUUUGUCACGUCCGUUGCUGGUGUCUUGUGGAUGACACACACACAGAAGGAAUUUACACACGCCCUAUGAAUGCUAUAAGAGUUUAGUGUUGCUUAGCUGGGCAAAAAAAAAACAUGUAGCAUACCAUCCCCUGUUGCACAGUGUUCUAAACUGCUUCAAAAUGUUAAAAAAUAAGACAUUCUGUUCUCUGUGUUUGUAUCAUACUUGUUUUCAAUAAAUGUAUUAUACAUCAUAAUUGUCAAUCCGCUUUAAAAUGUGUGAUCAAGCUGCUAAAUGUUUUUUUUUUUUUAAUCGCUCUUUUGCAAAUAUUGUUCAUGUGUCCAAUGGGUCGAACAUUUAAAGGAUUUUUUUUUUCCUUAAUAAAAGAUGAUAAACACAA